AUGGAGUUGGUGAUCAACAUUCAGAGAGGCCUGCUACAGACUAGCAAUAACACUCUGAUCAAAGAGAGAGACCAGCUUCAGACCAGUUACAACACCCUGACCAAAGAGAGAGACCAGCUACAGACCAGUCACAACACCCUGACCAAAGAGAGAGACCAGCUACAGACCAGUUACAACACCUUGACCAAAGAGAAAGACCAGCUACAGACCAGUUACAACACCCUGACCAAAGAGAGAGACCAGCUUCAGACCAAUUACAACACCUUGACCAAAGAGAAAGACAAGCUACAGACCAGCUACAACACCCUGACCAAAGAGAGAGACCAGCUACAGACCAGUUGCAACACCCUGACCAAAGAGAGAGACCAGCUACAGAAAGAGAUAGAACGUCUGAAACAAUCUUCAGUUGAGAAAGGAUGGAAGAAGCUUGGUAGCAGUUGUUACUACGUCUCUACUGAGUCCAAAUCCUGGGAGGAGAGCAGACAGGACUGCAGAAAUAGAGGAGCACACCUGGUGGUCAUCAACAGCCAAGAACAACAGACAUUGGUCAAUUGGUUAUGUGGACGGAAGAACUAUGUCUGGAUUGGUCUGACUGACUCUGUUACUGAGGGGACCUGGAAAUGGGUGGACAACACACCACUGACCACAAAGUAUUGGAACAGUGGAGAUCCUAAUGGUGGAAGAGCUGAGAACUGUGUGUAUUUCUACUCCUGGACAUCAGACAAAGGAGAAUGGUGGGACUAUGACUGUUCCUAUAAAUACAGAUGGAUCUGUGAGAAAUAGGAUUCCUCCUCGGUACUCUCUCAACUGCUAAAUAGGAUUAUGAUAAGUACUUUCAAUCAUAAACUAUUUUCUGCUCAUUCUGUUUACCUUGUCAAGUACAUACAAUAUAUAACAAUGCAAAUGUAAUAAUACAUUGUAAUAAAAUAACAAAACAUAUGCAAUAACAAUACAA